AUGGGUAUUCCAUCCGAAAUCCUUGGGAAAAUAUGUGCUUAUAACAUUGAAAUUGGCGGUGUGAAGGUGAAGGCAAGUCUAGUGAGGCGGGGCGACUUGUUGCAUGAAGGUUUAUCAGAAUUAAAGUCUCUGGUAGACAGUAAUAUGCCCCUUGUGGGUGUUGAUUUCAAACAAGUUAAAGAUAAAAACUUAAAAUCCCCGGCUUGGCGUGCUUCUGCUGUUUUUUCGGCUAUAAGAGAACUGAAAUCCGGGAUAUGGCUGCUAUGGGUUCUGAAGGAUCCAUCAAUACUGAAAUGUGGUGAUCUUGCGAAAGUGGCGAGUAAAAUUGGAUUUGAGAUGAAAGAAGUUGAUCAGAGGAAUGAACCCGCUGAUUGGGAAGCCCUUGUUUUCUCAUGA